AUGUUCGAAAUGCACCCUAAACGAAAUAGUCCAGAACAAAAUCAUAAAUUGAUUGGGACGCCCGACCCAAUUUUACACUUGAGUAGCAGACUUUUUAUUUAUUCAGGAAUUCAGUUACUAUUUUCGAUAUUCCAGCAUAAUUCUCGUGUGUUAACGGUAAGGAUGGAGAACAGAUUUGUAGUUUCUGGAAUUCUGUGUCACUGA